AUGAAGAUAUUACCUAAAUGGAAGAAAAAUUUAAAGUUUUAAUAAACUUGUACAAAGAACUAGAAUUAAAUAAUUCGAAAGCUAAGAAAUUUGAAGUGCAUUCAGCUGUAAAAAGUUUGAUGAAUUUUCUAUUAGAAUAAAUCUUAUUUAGGAAAGAUAGAGUAGUUAAUUAGAACAAUUUUUUUGUAAAUUGAAAAAUGUACUUGAUUAGAAUAUUGGAAUAAAAGAUAAUUAAUUAUCAAUUAAGGAAUAAUUUAAUUAUGAAAUUUAAACCACUUUAGAAAUAGAUAUCUUGAUAAUAAAAGUAUUUGGAGCAAUUAAAAGAAAAGUAAAUAUUUCAAAUUUAUUAAUCAUAUUCUCAAAAAAACACAUAAAGUUCAAACUAUUUACCCUUAAAAAUAUAAAGAAGGAAUUUUCGAUUAUAAUAAUAAUGGAAAUAUUUUAAUUAAUGCUUUUAUCUGACAAAACUUGCUUUAAAAAUAUUAUAUAGGAUUUUUGUGAAACACUUUAAGUACCUUCCUUUGAUUAUGAAAAAGACGUAAAUUGAAUCAAUAAUUUAGAUUAAAAUUAGCACUAUUGAGAAUUGA